CAGCGUCGACAUCGUUUUUUCACAAGCCGGAUGUUGCGUAUUCAGUAUAACGAUAAAUUUUAGUAGUAUCGCAGAAAUGUAAUUUGCAUGAUACUACCAAAAAUUUCUUGUCAAAAUGUUCGUGGUAAACAAAUCAGUGCUUAUCGCGUUGCUAUUGGAAACCAUUGCCACUUCAGUUCACGCGAGAGUAAUACAAGAAGAACCAUCAUCCGAUUCGUGUCCGCCACCUCACUUAGCUUUAAACGGUACUGAGACUGAACAAGGAGAGAUUAGAAUUCGAAAAGACUACACACACAUUCGUGAAGUGAAAUUUUCCGGUUCAAUAGGUCCGCUUGGUGAAAAGCGCCUCUGCAAAAUCAAAUGUAUCGGAGGCCAGUGGGUGGGUCCUCUCUGCGUAGAUAAUCACGAUAAUGGAAGAUUUCAUCCACUCUUCAGAAGUUGUAAGCUGGAGUACAUCAAUCCACACUUGGUCGUCACGUUCAGGAACGUUUCGAUUCAGACCGCCGGAUGGGUGUUUCCCCACGAGGCGAAACUUCAGAUAAGAUGUCGUGAACUGGGCCUAUACAAGCUCCUGGGGACGGCGUCACCACGGUGUCAAAACGGCGUGUGGUCGUCUAGGCUGCCCUCAUGUGUUCCAACAACUCUUCUAACCAACUUCACAGAGGAUGCUCCACCAACACUUCUCAUAAGGAUACCAUCGGGAUCGGCAUCGGUGGAACCCGGAGGGGAAUUGGCAGUGUUUCCAGGAUCGACUAUACACCUAGAAUGUCUCUUUUCCCGUCGUCUUGGUUCUCCAGAUUGGACUUGGACGUCUCCUCUGGGACAAUAUCUCACCGGUUGGGCAAUAGCAUCGGAAGAGCGUGAUUGGAAGUAUAGAUUAUCGAUUUAUUAUGUGAAACCCCAAGACUCUGGUACGUUCACUUGUGCCACCCCUCGCGGCAUCACCAACAGUCUAACGCUGCAAGUCGCAGCCGUACACUGCGACGCAAUCUCCGUAUCAGGCCCCCAUCUUACACUAAGAGUGGAAGGAACGAGGUUAGGCCAUACUGCCAUAUUCCAGUGCCCAAUGGGAUUUAAAGUCAACGGCGCAGCUAAUCUGACCUGUCAAGCUUCCGGAAAGUGGUCAGCCCCCGUGCCAACAUGCGAACUAGUAAAAUGCGAGUCAUUAGCCACACCAGGUGGAUUAUACGAACCCCAUUUGCAGUUAGAAGAACACAACAACAGUUACGGUGGUCGGGCCGUAUUUAGUUGUGCAUGGGGUUAUCGGCUAAUGGGCCCACCAGGUAUAGAGUGCGAGUUAAAUGGAAAUUGGUCUGGACCAUUACCGAAGUGCGUACCUAUCCAGUGUCCGCCGCCCAUUAUUCCCGUUAAUGGUCACCUCAUCCAGUCGGAGGCGGCGGGGAUGGACGGGGGCAGAUACGCCGUAGGCAGCUUGGUGCAGUUCGCGUGUCGAGGUGCCCAUCAACUUGAGGGUGAAGCCAGCAUUAUUUGCACAGAAAACGGAUUCUGGUCUCAUCCGCCGCCUUUCUGUAAACCCCGUUGCCCGUACUUAGGCGAACCCGACAACGGUCUCGUAGCUCCAACAAAGUUCGCUUAUGAACCAGGAGACGAGCUACAAAUCAGCUGUAAUCCAGGCUUUGAGGCUCGAUUAGAAGCAAGACCAAAGUGUUUGCCAGACGGAAAAUGGUCGGCGCCACUACCAAACUGUACCAAUUAUUCCCAGAUUUAAUUGUUAUUAUACUGAAUGUUUGUGAUAUAACUGUUAAGUGAUGAAGAUUGGGUUGCACCUUCAAAAAUAACAGCCAUUCUGGUGGCCACGGGCGUCUAUAAACAUACUUAGAUCGCUUAACUUUUACGGUGGUGUUUAUUUUAUUAAUAAUUUCUUGCGUACUGAUUAACUUGAUAUUGCAAAUUAGUGUUUAUGUUGAGUCUUUAAAGUAUUACCACCGGUUUGCCGCUGUUGUUUUGAAGGGGUGGAUCCAGAGUUCUUUACUUAAUUUUACAAUUGAUUAGGAAAUAAGUAUUUUGAUUAUUUUGUACCAACGUUGUUAAUAAACAUGAUGAUCUCAUGCCGAAUACAAAUUUUUAUCAAAUUGUAGAUAUUCAUAGUUAUAUUUGUAGUUUUAUGUACUUACAACGAAGCAUAUAUGUACACUGGUACUAAUUUAUUUA